GAGGUGAUGAUGGUGGUCAUGUGACGCGGCUUUCGUGAAGGUGCGGGGUAAAGGUGGCACAGACACAGGGAAGAGCGCGACACUUCAUACACCUCCACAGACCUCUCUCCAACCGAGUUCAAAACAAGAACACCGAAAUAAUGUCUAUUAGCCGGAAAAACUGGUCCGCUUUGUCAACGCUGGCUCGACAGUGGACAAUGGAGGAUGAGGAAGAGAUAGAGAGAGAGAAGAGGAGGAAGACAAGGGAGCCUGCAGCAGACACGGAUGAAAGUCCCAAUGAAGAGACCAAACCACAAACCAGUAGCUAUAAUAUAAUUUCCAGUUUAAGCGGGCCUGCUGAAGCUGACGACUCCAGUGGCGACUCCGGUGGUGGUGUGGCCCAGCUGCAGAUGGACUUUGUGGAGAUGUUGCGAGUCCGUGAUGAACGGCGGAGGAAUAGGCAUGUUGAAACCUUGAGGAAGAAUAAGGGGGAAGAUGAUGGUAGUGGAGAGGGCGGCCCGAAUGAGGAGCCCCGACUGGAGCUGCUGGGGGAACAGCAGGACGAGGAGCUCUUCAAGAACGUUCAGCGCUGUGUGGAGACCUUCAUGUCAUCAGAACCUCCAACUGACUCCAGAGACUCAGAGACACAUGAGAAGCAAGAAAAUGGAGGCACGAAUCAAGACUCAACAUCGACAAACUCCCAAGCUCCAUCAAAAGCAUCCCGAAAGUUUGUGAGCUCUCUCUCCGUCUCCUUUGAUAUGAGUCCCUCAUCACCCUCAGCCGUCAGCAGACUGGUUUCUCCUCUGAGCCCCAAGUCUCCACCCCUUCAGUCUCCGAGGGCGGAGUCACCACGCAGUCCCACCAACUCCGGCUCUAUGAGCCCCACAUCUAAUGAAGACACAGAGAGACAUGAAAAUGGGUCACCGAGCACUUCCGAAGCAGCUGCGAAACCCACGUUCACACGACAGAGCUCCAGAACGCUGUCCUUCAGGAUGAUGAAGAAGAAGGAGGAAGAAAACAUGCCGUUGCAGAGAAGUGCAAGUGUACGGAUUGCAGCGAAGAGUUUUGAAUCCAAUAAGAGCUCCAACCAAGAGGAGGAGCAGCAGCAGACCCCAUUUCAGAGAAACUCUCGACAGAGGUUAUCAUCUCGCUCCAUUCAGGAGAAAAUGGAACGACUGGCUCAAGCCUCACAGAAAUGGGAAGUAUCCAAAUCCCCACUGGUGCACAAGACUGUGUGUUUAGCAGAUGAGGUGUCAAGAAAGAGGGAGCUGUUUGAGAAAGAACAGGAAGGAUCUGACAAAAGCCAUGUGUUCUCCAAACAGGAUUUUCGCAGCUUUUCUUCAGGAAUCUCUGAUCGGAUUAAUCGCUUUGUUCAGAAGAAAACAUUUACCGUGUCAUCACCAUCAUCUCACAGCCCUUCGGAUCUGAGACAUGUGAACAUCUCCAUUAAGAAGAGUUUGUUUGAAAGAGGACAAGACCAGGACCAAAAGUGACUCUCUCAUGGAUAAAGACAAAGUAAGGUUUAAUGAGAUUCAUUUGAUGAUGCAUCUCUGAAGAUUUUGAAGGAAGUUUGAUCGACUCUUUCAGACAGUCAGUGCCAAGCAUUGUCUCUAAACUCUUUUGCGUUCUGCUUCUUUACGUUGGCUAAUUCCUCAGCACUUUUUAGGCGUCAUACUAAUUUACAUUAUUUGGGUUAAAUUCAAGGCUUACGUUAUUGAGAAUACAUGUACUUAUGGAUUGUGGAAACUGUAUUACAGGGUAACACAGACGGUGAACAUCACAGGUUUUAUCUGACAGCAGGAAUACGUUGUGUCGGUGCCAGACACACCUAUGUCUUGUAGUUUGAUAUAUGCGCUAUUGAUAAGCAUGUUAUUAAGAGCCACAGCCAUAACUAGGACAAGGUAUAACUGUAAAAUCAUGAAUGUCUGUUUCAAUGAACCUACUGGAAAUAAGCUUGAUGAUUCAUGAUAAUGAAGCUAGAAUCAUAUGCUGAAGCUGACCUAUGCUCUCGCUGCUGUUGUUUCAACUUGCCGGAGACAAGGAAAUGUAAUUUAGACAGCAAAAUGUGUCCUAUCAAGCCUUAUGCAAAGUGACUUCAGUUCAUUCCAGUUCAACUAAAGCCUACGUUUCCUUUGUUUUAGUUUUCUUUUUUUGUUGUUCUUGUUUUUUUUUUUUUUAUUUGGAAAAACUGAAUGCCUGUCAUGUAAUUAUCUUUUCUGCCCCAAAUGGUUAUGCUGUAGAUGAAUAAAAAUUUUAUA